AUGUCGGGAGCUGGUAACAGAGAACAGGUGUUCCCAACUCGUAUGACAUUGAGUGUCAUGAAGGGUAAAUUGAAGGGUGCUCAACAAGGACACUCGUUAUUGAAGAGAAAAUCGGAAGCUUUGACCAAGAGAUUCAGAGAUAUCACCCAGAGAAUCGACGAUGCCAAAAGAAAGAUGGGUCGUGUCAUGCAAACAGCUGCCUUUUCUUUAGCGGAGGUUCAGUACGCUACCGGAGACAAUAUUGCCUAUCAGGUUCAAGAGAGUGUCCAAAAGGCAAGAUUUCAAGUUAAGGCCAAACAGGAGAAUGUAUCUGGUGUUUAUUUGCCUACUUUCGAGAGCUUCAUCAAUGAGGAUAUCAAUGACUUCAAGAUGACCGGUUUGGGAAGAGGAGGACAACAGGUGCAGAAAGCUAAGUUGGUUUAUACUAAGGCUGUGGAAACGUUGGUUGAGUUGGCAUCUUUGCAAACUGCAUUCAUCAUUUUGGAUGAAGUUAUCAAGGUUACUAAUAGAAGAGUCAAUGCUAUUGAACAUGUGAUUAUUCCAAGGACCGAGAACACUAUUAGCUAUAUCAAUUCUGAGUUGGACGAAUUGGACAGAGAGGAAUUUUACAGAUUGAAGAAGGUUCAGGAGAAGAAACAAAUAGCGGUUGCAGCUGAAGAGGAAGAAGAGCUUGCUAAGAGAGCUGCUAAUUCAGGCGAGUCUAUCUAUGAAGAUGAAGAUGAAGAAGAAGACGAAGAAGCAGCAGCGCAAGAUGCCGAACUCGAGGAGUCUGAUGCAACACCUAUUCCUCAAGAAUCUUCUGCUCCUGCAACUGCAACCACGCUGGGAAAGAAGAAGAAGAAGAAUAAGAAGAAGAAGAGCACAAAAGUUCAACCUAGCGAGAGUGAAAUCAUCGAAAAUGUCGACAAAUUGGCCAACCAAGGUGAAGUUUUGCAGAAUGAUGAAGAGGAUGUUAUCUUCUGA